UUGUCACAUGCGAAAGGCAAUGACCACCGGUUUGAGAAAUGAGAUGGAGUUGGAGGGCAGAGAAUCCAAAAUGACUUCAUCUACCAAGUUCCGCCCCACACAGCACUCCCUCAUGAUCUCCUCCUUUUCCAUCCAUAUAAAAACCCCUCUACAAUCCUAAAAUCUUCAUCAUAGCUUUCUCAUUCUCUACAAAGAAAGACCAGGGCCGAGACCGAGUUGAAAAGACUAAGCAAAAUGUCAGACUGGGGUCCGGUGUUUAUGGCCGUGGUGCUGUUCAUUCUGUUAACUCCAGGGCUGUUGUUUCAGGUACCAGGGCGCCAUCGAAGCAUUGAGUUUGGCAAUUUCCAGACAAGCGGUGCAUCAAUUAUGGUUCAUACUCUUCUGUACUUUGCUCUCAUUUGCGUUUUCCUGCUGGCUGUUAAGGUUCACUUGUACCUCGGAUAUCAGAGCUGCAGUUCGCCGUAUUUCUAUAAAACAUCAACACCCGGAAAAAAACAAAAGAAGGAGGCGAUGUCAGACUGGGGGCCAGUGGUGAUAGCAGUGGUGCUGUUUGUGCUUUUAAGUCCAGGAUUGCUAUUCCAGUUGCCAGGGAGGAGCAGAGUUGUUGAGUUUGGGAAUAUGCAGACAAGUGCGUUGUCGAUAUUGGUCCAUACCAUCAUCUUCUUCGGCCUCAUAACCAUCUUUCUCAUUGCUAUUGGUGUUCACAUUUACACAGGAUAGCCAAAUAAUGCUAAAGAUAUCUCCUUUAUUUUCCUUUUUUACAAAGUUGAUCACCCCCAUAAUCUGUUUCACUGUCUGAAGCAUGAAUAUCUGUUUCAUGGUCUGCCCUGAUGUCUUGUAUUGCGUUAACUGGGCGCUUGCUUUUCUUUGCCGGUGGUUCUCUUGUUUUUUUCUUUGAUUUUCGUUGUUGUUAAUUGAUUUAUAUUACUUCAGCCGAUUACCAACUAAAA